CGUUUCGUUUUUUUUUUUUUUUUCAUCUUGCUAGAUUGGAUUUGUUUAGAAGAUGGACCAACGACAGGACUCAUUGAAUUUGAGAGAACUUAUUUUAAAUACCAGGGCACCAAUUGUUUUGAAGAACUAUGAUCAUCAGUGGAAUUGUUUCAAAGAUGGUCUAAAAUCGUGGUGUAAGCAUUUAGACGAACUUUGCCCUGAUCUUCUGCAAUUUGAAAGAAUAGCUUUGGAUGAGACAUGCGAACCACAAUGGGAACGCAAAAGGACAAUUAAAGAAAUGACUGCAUUACAAUUUUUAGAUGAACACGCCAAUGAUUGUAGCUACUGGUCUGGUUUAAAUUACAAACGCAAAAAUGAAUUCCCUGCAGAAUGUUCCAAAGGUAUUGAUUUUGGGUGUUUUGGUUUCCCCCAUGCCACCGAUGAUUGCACUUUUUGGUUGAGCUCAAAGGGUGCCAAUACCCCAUGUCACUAUGAUACAUAUGGAUGUAAUAUUGUAGUGCAGGUUUUCGGAAGGAAAUCAUGGCUAUUGUUCCCCCCAAACAAUUCAGUCUUAACGCCCACUCGAAUACCCUAUGAAGAAUCAAGCAUAUACUGUAAAGAAAAUUUAUAUGCACCCAAUGCCUGGGAAUGUGGCAAACUUGGGAAUCUAAAAGGACAAUGCUAUCGUUGUAUACUUGAACCCAAUGAUGUUCUAAUUGUACCUAAACAUUGGUGGCAUUACGUUGAGGCAAUAGAAAUAUCAUUAAGUGUAAAUGCAUGGAUUCCUUUGAACUGCGAUAUUGAUAAUCAAAUUGAAGAAUGUAUUACGAAACAAAUAAUGGAAACAUUUAUGCAAAACUCAAGUGAUAACAUAAAAUCGUUUGUUUUGAAUCCAAAUGAACUAACAUCUUUCACAAACAACGAGGAUUUAUUUGAUAUCUUAGAAUAUUUAUUGGAGCAAAAGCUAUGUGAAAAGAGUCAAGACAAGUGUGCCAAAGGGAACGUUAUACGCUAUCAAUAUCAGUAUUUAAAUGAAUCUAAAGUGGAAGUUUUAAAACAUUCUUUUACAGACUUAUAUGAAGUUCCAGUCAUGUCAGAUGAUGAAUGGAGACAAUAUUUGAAAUCUCAAAGCUUCCGUUUACAUUUAUUGACAGGAAAGAAAGAUAAUAAAAGCCGUCUAAGAGACAUUCAAGAAGCAAUGCUUAAUAGUUUAUGCAGCCCUACUGUUGUUGAAACUAUUAAAAAAGAAUUGUUUUGUCGUUACAGCGAACUAAAAAACAAUAAAUAAAACUCUAGUGAUCUUCUAGGGAAUAAUUUUAGAAUAAGAAAUUUUUAAUUAAAAAAAUAUAAAUUAAAAAACAUCGAGAAGGCAAUGCUUAAUAGCAUAUGCAGUCUUUCUGUUGAACUAAAUAAAAACAACAAAUAAAACUCUAGUGAUAUUUUAGGGAAUCGUUUUAGAAUAACAAAUUUGUACAUGAAAACCAUAUAAAUCAGGGACAUAUGUUGAGAGGGGUCGGAAAUAAUAAUUUGUUGAAUGUAUUCAAAAAUUUAUUCCUAUGGAACAAACAUAGCAUUUUAUGUCUGCUGUUUUCAAUUAAAUGAAACUUCAAUUUGUAUAGGAAAAGAAUCACAAUUAAACCAAGGUUCUGAAAAAAAGACGAAUCAAUUACUAGUGUUAGAGACAUCUGGGACAUCAGGUUCAAAACUGAUAGUUCAAGAAAACCGCAUUUAGACUUUUAAUUUCAGUGGUUUUCAAAGCGGAGUCAUCUUUUUAAAUCAACAGAUAUAAGUUUGUUCUGAAUUUCCCAUUGGUCUCCUGUUUCUCUUAAAAAUGUAAAACAAAUAAUAAUUAUUUUUUUAAAGAU